GAAGUAGGCACUAGCUUUGAUGAUGGACCCUCACAAGAAAAAGACAGAGCCACGAAUCGUUCCUUAUCUUAAAAUAAUAAGUUAUAGAGACUAGAGUAGUCCACUUGCCACACUCCAAAGCAACAAUGGAACUAAACAAGUCAAAACAAUUGAAAAGGAUCCUUCCUCUCUCCAACCCAAGAAGCUAACCACGAAACCUCUCACUCCCACUUUUAUAUAUAACCUCCAAUCUCAAAAAACAAAAUCCAUAAUCAAAACCACAAUCACAAACACAAACACGAAGAAGACUCCUAUAUCAUUCAUCUAUGGCUUCUUCAAAUCAACAACAACAAGAACAAGACCAAUCAGCUUUAGAUCUCAUAACCCAACACCUUCUUACCGAUUUCCCUUCCUUAGAGACCUUUGUCUCCACCAUCCACCACUGCACCACCUCAACUCUAAGCCAACGCAAGCCACCUCUUGCCACUAUAGCAGUUCCUACUACUGGACCAGUGGCUCAAGAGGAUGAUCAAAGGCAUUACAGAGGCGUGAGGCGAAGACCUUGGGGCAAGUAUGCGGCUGAGAUCAGAGACCCAAACAGGAAAGGUGUUCGUGUCUGGUUAGGGACUUUUGACACAGCCAUGGAAGCUGCAAGGGGUUAUGACAAGGCUGCUUUUAAACUACGUGGAAGCAAAGCCAUUCUUAACUUUCCACUCGAAGCAGGAAAGCACGAGGACUUAGGAGACAAUAACAAGACUGUGUCUUUGAAAGCAAAGAGGAAAAGACAAGUAACGGAGGAUGUAAGCCACCUAAGCAGCCAUAAAGCUGUGAAGAGGGAAGAAACUCAGGCUCAGGCUCAGGCUCAGGCUCAGACUGAUGCUUGUCCAUUAACGCCGUCAAGUUGGAUGGGGUUUUGGGACGGAGCAGACAGUAAAGAGAUGGGGAUAUUCUCCGUGCCUCCAUUAUCUCCUUAUCUAUCUCUUGGACACUCCCACCUCGUGGUUAUGUAAGCUUCUGAGAGUCAAACUGGGAACAUUCCAACAUUAGGUGACAUUAGCAACUUUGGAUUGUGUUGAAAGCUUCUAGAUUAGCUGAUUGUAAAAAUUGUUUCCCUAUAUUCAUUGAUUCAUCUUAAAUGCAAUUCUUUCUACCCUUC